AUGCCUCGUGCGCCGCCGCCGCUCUCCGCGCUGCUCCGCCGCCUCUCCUCCCACCCCUCCCACUCCUCCGCAUUCCACGCCACGCUGCUCAAGUCUUCUUCCCUCACCAGCCCCAUCCCGGCGACCGCCCUGCUCACAGCCUACGCAAAAGCCGGCCUCCCAGGCGCCGCCUCCCGCCUGUUCGACGAAAUGCCCGCGCGCGACGCCGUUGCUUGGAACGCGCUCAUCGCCUGCCAAGUCCGCCACGGGCGCCCCGCGGCCGCCGCAGAAGCCUUUCGCGGCAUGGCAGCUGCCGGGUUCGCGCCAACGGCUGCCACCCUCUGCACCAUGCUCAAGGCCUGCACUUCCUCCCGCGCCGUCCGCCCCGCCCGCCAGGUCCACGCGUUGACAGUUCUUGCGUGUCAUGGUGAUGUCAUUAUGAAGACAGCCCUUGUUGAUCUCUACAUGAGCUGCGGCUGCGUUGAGGAGGCGGAGCGAUUGCUUAUCCACAUGGAACGCCCAAAGGAUGUGGCGCUGUGCAACGCUGUUCUUUCAGGCUACGUGGAGAAUGGCCAUUUCCGGGAAGCUUUCUUGAUGCUAGGGGCAAAUGAACCCAACCGAAUCGCGCUGACAUGCGCUCUCUCUGCCUGCUCAGCCACAGCAAAUCUGGCAUAUGGCCUGCAGGUACAUUGCAAAGUUCUCCGCUGUGGGUUUGAUUCUGAGACUAUCCUAUGCAAUGCGCUUAUUGACAUGUAUGCAAAGUGUGGGCGGACAGCGGGUGCACGUGUGGUGUUUGAUCGAAUGAGUGGCAAAAAUGUACUUUCAUGGUCCUGCAUGAUUGAUGGCUAUGGUCGCCAUGGGCAUGGGAAAGAGGCUUUGGAUUUGUUUGAGAGGAUGGAAAAAGCUGUACCCAUAGUCUGGCCAAAUGCCAUUACAUUUCUGGCUAUCCUCUCAGCUUGUGGACACUCUGGUCUUGUGGACGAAGGCCGAGCCAAGUUACAUUUGAUGAAAAGCAAGUAUGCAAUCGAUCCAGGGCCAGAGCACUACGCUUGUUUUAUUGACAUGUUAGGCCGGGCAGGACAAAUUGAUGAGGCAUGGAAUCUCUACUGUAGUUUGUGUGCGAACCUAACUGAGCUUUCUGCUGCUAUCUGUGUGGCUAUGUUGAAUGCAUGUAUAUCUAACAUAGAUGUGGUGAGAGGAAACACGGUAGCUGGGCAUCUUUUGGAAGUUGAUCCACAGAAUAGUCGAAAUCUUGUGUUAAUCUCAAACUUUCAUGCUGCUGCUAGGCAAUGGUCUGUAUCGGUUGAGUCAAGGAAGGUUAUAAUGAACAAAGGUCUAAAGAAAGAAGCAGCUAGUAGUCAUGUCUCUAUGGGCUAAAUACUACUUUGGACAAAUCUGGAGGCAAAGUUCAUCAACUUACCUGCACUGUACACCAGCAGUUACUUUUCGCAAAAGCAAACCAACAAAUCAAUUGUGGAAACAGGGGGGUGGGGCUCUUUUUAGUUCAAGACCUACUCUGUAUAUAAUAUUGUAGGUCAGUUUUACCAGGUGUAAUAUAUUUGUAACGGCCUAAACUAUCCAAAGAUUCCGCACAAAUGUUUCAGUUUCAUACUUUCAUACAUGGCCAUGGUGCACCACCCUCUUCUUUAGGCCAUCAUGAUAGGCAUAGAGGGCACGGAAGUGGUCAAUCAUAUAGCUGACAUUAAAAUAUCAAGUUGUUGCAAUGGGCGACAUUUGAUCUUUCACUGUGGAUGGUUAUGUAUUUCUGCCUCACUGACUCUUUUUGUUAUUGUCUGGUAAAGGUGGACUUAGAUAUUUUAGAAUACUAUGUUGUGUUGAUGGAAGCAUUUUCACCUAUAUUUGUCUAGUUAGAGAUGUGAAACAA